CAAGAAGACAUGGUUCGAUCAUUUGAAAGACUAUAAUAAACCCCGCAAAGAGUAGAUUACACCACUAGUGACCCUGUCAAAAAGUCAUAAAGUGUUGAAAGCUGUUUAGGCUACUUAUAGCCUUUAUCUUUCCUGCCCCCACCAUCGUCAUCCUUUUAUCGUUCAUUCUUCAUCAUGUCUACUUCCAAAGAAGGAUGGCUUCGAACAUCCAGAUAUCUCAAAACUCGUCGUCCUGCACCUCGUGUUCUAUUGAUUGCAAUCUCCAAUCCACCCUACAAUCUCCUCAAUGGUGACAUUCUUUACGAUCUGAAGCGAGUUCUAGAAACUCUCAGUCCACGCGAAACAGGUGUAGUGAUCAUCACUUCUGCCGUUCAUGAUAUCUUUUUAAGUCAUUAUGAUUUACAAGAAAUUUUGGAUUUAACAAAAACCGUUCCGAUGGGAUCACACAUUUCACCUGGAGUCGUUCGUGGUGCUUUGUACGUCGAAAGUUUUUUGGCUGCUUGUGGUUUACGUAGAUUUGUUGAACGUAGCCCAUUGGCAGGUUUGAGUUAUUUGAACUCGUUUUAUGAAGUCACUUCUUUGUUACGUAGCUUGCCUCAAGUCACAAUCGCUGCAAUCAAUGGACGUGCUUUGGGAAGUGGUGCAGAACUGGCUUUGGCAUGUGAUUUCCGAAUUAUGGUAGACACACCUCCUCAAGGUAUUCCGGGCGAAUCUCGUGGAAGUGGAUUCGGUCAUCCCGAAAUCACAUUGGGUUUAAUUCCCGGUGGUGGUGGUACGCAAGUCUUGACAAACUUGGUUGGACCUGCAAAAGCCUUGGAAUUAAGUUUAAUGAAACCUUUCCUUACUGCUGAAGAAGCACUUCAAGCUGGCUUGGUUACCCGUCUCGUUAAACGGAAGGAUUUGAUUCCUGAAACGGUUGAUUUGGCUAUUCAAUUAGCCAAGAGGGCACCUUCUGCCGUUGCAGCUAUCAAAGAUUGCGUCUAUAUCGGUGCCAGCCGUGACUUCGCCGGCGGUAUUCGAAAUGAACAAGGCAAUUUGGGUGCUUGUGCCCUUGUUCCUGAAUCUCGUGACGCACUUGCCAAAUAUACAGCCGAUUUGGAAACCUUUUUGGGUGAAGAGAGUACUAUGGAUCAAUUCAAAACCUUAGAAACGGGUGAUUAUGUUGACUUUAUUCCAAACAGUUGGAUAAUGAAACAAGACGCUUUCGUUGCCGAACAACAAAGGGAACUCUUACGAAAGAAUGCUAAAGAUGCAAAAGCGGCAGGAACAGCAAAUGCAAUUCAUCGUAAACAAAAAGCUGCUGGUAAAACUGCUUAAUAUUUUUAUGUCAUUAAUUCGGGA